AUGAACAAGCAGACACACAAAGCUCCACUUACAAUCAGCCCUGGGAAAAAUAAUGAACACAAAAAUCUGAAAUGGAAGAAGAACAAGAGUCUCUUUAGGGAGGAAACCUUGUCCCACACAGGAAUGCCUGGAAAAGAAAAUAAACAGUUUGUCAUCCAAGGAAGGAAAGGUGACCCAUUCCAGGGUCAUUCCCAACAAGGGAAAGCCCUGCCUAAAGUUUCUUUCCCGGCUCGUGUUCAAAAGCAAAGUUUUGCCUUUGAUAAUGUUGGCUAUGAAGAGAGUCUGGACGAUUUGCUCCCUCGGGCAAGCACCGGGGUGGUCAGCAUUUUGGGGAUGACCUGCCAGUCGUGCGUUGAGGCGAUCAAGGGCAAGAUUUCGACCCUGAAAGGCGUCGUGAGCAUAAGCGUCUCCCUCGAGAAGGGCAGUGCGGUUGUUGAGUACGAACAGUCGGCAGUCAGCCUAGAAGAAAUUUGCCUGGAGAUCGGGGGCAUGGGUUUUGAGGCCAACACGGCCGACGAAAAGGCCGCCUCGAUUUCCAGGAGAUCGGACCAUGCCAGCGAAGCACUGGUCAAGCUCCGUGUGGAGGGCAUGACUUGCCAAUCCUGCGUCAACAGCAUCGAAGGGAAGAUCGGAAAACUCCAGGGCGUCCUGAGGAUCAGAGUCUCCCUCGCCAGCCAGGAAGCCGUCAUCGCUUACCAGCCCUACCUGAUUCAGCCGGAGUAUCUCAGGGACUCCAUAGAUGACAUGGGGUUUGAAGCCGCCAUUAAGAGCAAGAUGGCCCCAUUAGCCAUCGACGCGAUCGACCUGGGGCGCUUACAGAGCCCAAGCCUGAAGAGAACCCCAGCGUCAGCUAGCCUCGACCCUGGGGACGCACCGGGGUCGGGAGGUGAGACAGGGACGGUGGCCACCGUGAGCCUGGGAGUCGAAGGGAUGCACUGCAAGUCCUGUGUCUUCAACAUAGAAGGAAAUAUAGCGGACCUCCCAGGAGUGCACAGUAUCCGAGUGUCCCUGGAGGACAAGAGCGCGCGAGUUGAGUUUGACCCGACAUCCGUCUCCCCGGCAUCCUUACGGCGGGCCAUCGAGGCCCUGCCUCCUGGGAACUUCCGGGUCUCCCUCCCUAACGGAGUGGGCGACGGCGGGACGGAGCGCUCGGCUUGCAGGGGGACGGCGGGGCUCCGUUCGUCUCGCUGCCCCCCAGGGCCCCGAGUGCGGGCGGCAACGAGGAGCACCACCGUGAUCAACAUCGAAGGGAUGACCUGUGCCUCCUGCGUGCAGGCCAUAGAGACCUCGCUAGCCCAGAGAGAAGGGGUGCGUAAUGUCUCCGUCUCUUUAGCCAAAGGCUCCGGCACCAUUGACUACAAUCCCGGGACGACGAGCCCAGAAGAACUCCGAGGGGCUAUAGAAGAUAUGGGGUUUGAGGCAUCCGUCGUCACGGGAUGUACUGGCAGCAGCCACGCUGGAACACUUGGUGCGAAGGAUCCAGUGACCCUGCCUGGGGCAGAGUCGCGUCCCCUGCGGAAGGAAGCAACCGGUGCCCGGGGGCAGGGUGAAGGCGCCAGCCAGGAGAGCCCCGUGACGAAAUCUCACUCCGGCUCACCGCCACCCCUCCGAACCCCGGCUUCUGAGAAGUGUUUCUUACGGGUCACGGGCAUGACUUGUGCGUCCUGCGUGUCCAACAUAGAACGAAAUCUGCAAAAGGAAGAUGGUGUGCUUUCAGUGUUGGUGGCGCUGAUGGCCGGAAAGGCUGAGGUUAAGUAUAACCCGCAAAGCAUCGAGCCACUGGAGAUAGCUCAUCUGAUCCAGAAUUUGGGCUUUGAAGCUACAGUCAUGGAAGAUUACACCAGCUCCGAUGGCAAUAUAGAGCUCAUUGUGACAGGGAUGACUUGUGCCUCAUGCGUUCACAGCAUUGAAUCCAAGCUGACCAAAACGAAUGGCAUUUUCUAUGCCUCUGUGGCCCUCGCCACCAACAAGGCUCACAUCAAGUUUGAUCCUGAAGUUGUUGGUCCUCGAGAUAUUAUAAAAAUUAUUGAGGACAUUGGCUUCCAUGCUUCCCUGGCCCAGAGAGACCCACAUGCUCAUCAUUUAGAUCACAAGAUGGAAAUAAGGCAGUGGAAGAAAUCUUUCUUCUGCAGCCUGGUGUUUGGAAUCCCUGUGUUAUGCUUAAUGAUUUAUAUGCUAAUACCCAGCAACCAGCCUCAUGAGUCAAUGGUGCUGGAAUACAACAUCAUUCCAGGACUGUCCAUUUUAAAUCUUGUCUUCUUUAUCCUGUGCACUUUUGUCCAGUUCCUUGGCGGAUGGUAUUUUUACGCCCAAGCCUACAAGUCUCUGAAACACAAAACCGCCAACAUGGAUGUGCUGAUCGUGUUGGCCACCAGCAUUGCCUAUGUUUACUCUCUUGUGAUCUUGGUGGUGGCCAUUGCCGAAAAAGCGGAGCAGAGUCCAGUGACCUUCUUUGACACUCCCCCAAUGCUCUUUGUCUUCAUUGCCCUGGGGAGAUGGCUGGAACACGUGGCAAAGAGUAAAACAUCAGAAGCUCUCGCCAAACUCAUGUCUCUCCAAGCUACAGAAGCUACCGUUGUGACAUUCGGUGCUGACAACUUAAUCAUCAGGGAGGAGCAGGUGCCCAUGGAGCUGGUUCAGCGGGGAGACGUAAUCAAGGUGGUCCCCGGGGGGAAGUUCCCCGUGGAUGGGAAAGUCCUGGAAGGCAACACUAUGGCGGACGAGUCCCUCAUCACAGGCGAGGCUAUGCCAGUCACUAAAAAACCAGGGAGCACAGUGAUUGCCGGUUCCAUAAAUGCCCAUGGAUCCGUGCUGGUCAAUGCCACGCACGUUGGGUCUGACACCACCCUGGCCCAGAUUGUGAAGUUGGUAGAAGAAGCUCAGAUGUCAAAGGCUCCCAUUCAACAGCUAGCUGACAGAUUUAGUGGCUAUUUUGUCCCUUUUAUCAUCAUCAUUUCAACCAUGACAUUGGUGGUUUGGAUUAUAAUCGGGUUCAUCAACUUCGAUGUUGUUCAGAAGUACUUUCCCAAAUACAAUAAACACAUCUCACAGAGCGAAGUGGUGAUCCGCUUCGCCUUCCAGACCUCCAUCACGGUUCUGUGCAUAGCAUGCCCAUGCUCUCUGGGCUUAGCUACUCCAACAGCGGUCAUGGUGGGCACAGGCGUUGCUGCUCAGAACGGCAUCCUCAUCAAAGGAGGGAAACCUCUGGAGAUGGCUCACAAGAUAAAGACAGUGAUGUUCGACAAAACGGGCACCAUUACCUACGGGGUCCCCAAAGUCCUGAGAAUCCUCCUGCUGCUGGACCCAGCCACUCUACCCUUGAAGAAGGUCCUGGCGGUUGUGGGCACUGCCGAAGCCAGCAGUGAGCACCCGUUAGGCCUGGCAGUCACUAAAUACUGUAAAGAGGAACUUGGAACAGAAACCCUAGGAUACUGUACAGAUUUCCAAGCUGUGCCCGGCUGUGGAAUCGGCUGUAAGGUCAGCCACAUUGAAGCCAUCCUAGCCCAGAGCAAACACCUUCCCAGCGAACCGAAGAGUCACCUGAACGGAGCUGGCAGUAAUCCCACUGAAAAAGAUGCCGCUUCCUCCCAGACCUGCUCGGUGCUGAUCGGAAACCGGGAAUGGAUGAGACGCAACGGUCUGCAUAUUUCCAGUGAUGUUAACGAUGCAAUGAUAGACCAUGAGAUGAAAGGACAUACAGCCAUCUUGGUGGCUAUCGAUGGUGUGCUCUGCGGCAUGAUUGCCAUCGCGGACGGGGUCAAACGGGAGGCGGCCCUGGCUGUCCACACCCUGAAAAACAUGGGGGUGGACGUGGUUCUCAUCACUGGAGACAACAGGAAAACCGCAAAGGCCAUCGCCACUCAGGUGGGCAUCAACAAAGUCUUCGCGGAGGUUCUGCCGUCUCACAAGGUGGCCAAGGUCCAGGAGCUCCAGAACGAAGGGAAAAGAGUGGCCAUGGUGGGAGACGGCGUCAAUGACUCUCCGGCGUUGGCCAGGGCCGACGUUGGCAUCGCCAUCGGAACGGGCACUGACGUGGCCAUCGAGGCGGCCGACGUGGUCCUCAUCAGAAGCGAUCUGCUGGACGUGGUGGCCAGCAUUCAUCUGUCGAAGAGGACCGUCAGGAGGAUUCGGAUAAAUCUGAUUCUGGCCUUGAUUUAUAACAUGGUCGGGAUACCAAUUGCCGCAGGCGUGUUCAUGCCCGUUGGCAUCGUGCUGCAGCCGUGGAUGGGUUCUGCGGCCAUGGCAGCUUCCUCGGUGUCUGUGGUUCUCUCUUCGCUGCAGCUGAAGUGCUACAAGAAGCCAGGUGUGGAAAAGUACGAAGCCCAGGCCCAGGGCCGCCUGAAGACCCUGACCCCAUCCCAAAUCAGUGUCCACAUCGGGAUGGACGAUCGCCGCCGAGAUUCUCCCAGAGGCCCCUGGGACCGGAUGAGCUAUGUCAGCCAAAUGUCGCUGUCCUCCCUGACCUCAGACCGGCUGUCCCGGCACAGCGCCCUGACGGAGGACGAGGGGGACAAGUGGUCCCUGCUCCUUAGCGACAGAGAUGAGGAGCAGUACAUCUAAGGGACUGCGACCCUCUGCGGAGCACUCUGCAGGCAGGCCCGGAGCCCGACUCUCCUCACCCUCAGAAAUUCCCGGGAGAGAACUGGCAUCCACUCCCUCCCAUGGGCUACCACCCCCAACGCCUCAGUCCACUCAAGCUGAGUGAGCUGAGGAUCGCUCAGGACUCAGGUUCGUUCCGAUGGCUUUGGGUUAGCCCAGGGAUAUCUGCGCUCUUUGCUCUUGGCCCCCGGGAUGUAGCCAGGGGAAGGGAACCCAGGCAGUUGGCACUGGUCCAAGACGCCUCAAGGUGAGGACGCAUGUCCUCGGUCUGGGCCUCUUUACUAACUUCCUGCUUUUUCCGAGAGCUAUUCUUCUAUUCUCCCUUUAGAAAUUGUGAGAAUAGCCUGGGCUCAUAGUUUAUCCAGAACUGGAUGGUGUGGUGGAAAUAAACUCUACAGAAAUCAGGAAAGCCACACUGAGAUCUGGAACCUAUCUGAGCACAUCCUUAAGAUGGACGUCAUCUCUGUGAACACUUCAAAUAAGGUUGCCAUCUUUGACUGCCAUCUCUGACUGAGAGCCUUUUUUUUUUUUCACUUUUAAGACCACAGUUUACCUCAAAGUGCUGCUGUUUUUCUCCAGGAGCACAAAACGCCUCCAGUUUUCCAAAGCUUUCUCUGUGUUAUUGAGUUCUCACUGUGAUAUGGUUCCUUGUUCUUCAUUUUCCUCUCUGUAAUCCUCAGGCUUUUCGCUCUUUUGCUUUGUGCUUUUUCAGCAUGACCAGGCUUCCUGAAAUUGUUCACCCAUAUGCCUGCUGGCCCACCAUCUUUGUUUCUUUAGCAGUCUCCAUGAAGCCUGCUGCUGCUUCUCAUUGUGGAGUAACAUAUUGUGUAGGAGAGAGUCAAUUAGCAGGGCCCUAGAUUCCAAGUCUUGGCUCCCCGAGACUGAAGGUCCCUGAAAACUGGUAACCUAGUAUCUCCAGGAGGUUGUCGUAGCACCAUUUGAGGAUGCGUGAAGUGGAUAUCUCAAAAUGGAGAAACUAUAGGAAGCUCGUCUGGGCCAACAGUAGCCCAUAGAGGAGCAUCAGCCUCCUUUAUAAUCUGUCUCACUAGCCCUCUCCGAAGGAAAGCGAGGUGAGGAAAAAUCCUUUUCUGAAGAGUUCAUCCCAUUCACACCCUUGCUAAUGGAAACAUUCAAUCAUCUUCAUGAUGAGUGUUCAUUAUAGGUCUAUUGUGUUUGGAGCACGGUGCUGGGCCCUUGGGAGCAUCCACUGCAGAUAGGUGUGGGCUUUGUCCCUGAGGCGCUUACAGUCGAUUGAGUUAUAUUUUAGUAAUUAUUAGUUAGGUGUCCCAGGUGGCAGCUCUUCAUUGUGAAUACUGGGGCAGAGCGGGACCCUGAUUUUUGUCAGGGAGGGAGGACUGGGAGAGGAGAGGCUCGAAAGACCUGCCGUGUCGGAGAGCUACCUCUUGGCAUCUUUCCCAUCCAGAUUGGAAACUCCUGGGUCUAAUCAGAGACCUGAUUGAGUGAAGUGAGUUCAGUUCAGAAAGCUGUAGGGGACCGUUAACCAAC